AUGAUCUCAGCCACUCUCAAACGAUCAAUUUCAGCUCUUAAACAACGAUUUGCUGAUGUGAUUCCUGAAACACGUGAACGCCUUGCCCGUCUCAGGAAAGAGCACGGCAACAAAGUUCUGGGGCCAAUUACAAUAGAGCAGGUCAUAGGAGGAAUGAGAGGGAUAAAAGGAUUAAUGACGGAAACAUCAAAGUUGGACGCAUUCAAAGGGAUCAAGUUCAGAGGGCUCACCCUUCCAGAAUGUCAAGUACGUUUGCCAAUGAUUUUUCACUUACUCCCUCAGUGAGUGAACAAAAAAAUUUUUGUUCACUUACGGGGGUUAAUUUUUUUUUUUUAAAAAAAUUUAUAUAUAAAUUUUAUAAAAAAAUAUUUUUUUCGAAAUUUAAAAAAAACCUAAUUCGCAAAAUUUUGAAAGCAAAUAUUAAUUUAAUUUAUGUUUUAAAAAGCAAUUCGUUUAAAUUAAACAGAAUUAGCUCUAGAUUUCAUUAUACUAAUUAUCAUUUAUAUAUAAAUUUUUUUUUUUCCAUAAAAAAUUUUUCUAUUAAAAAAAUUUUUGUUCACUCACGGAAGGUGGGUUUUUGGGUAAAAAAUAGGGAUUUUUCUAAUGGUUUUGUUCACUCACGGAGGGGGGGAGUUAAAAAAAUUCGCCCUUUAUGUUUUUUUUUUUUUUAAAAAUUAAUAAAUUAUUUUUUUUAGAGAAAUUUUUAAACAAAAAUAAAAGGAGCCUUUUGCCAUCAGCUAAGCGUGAACCAUUACCUGAGGCAAUGUUUUAUCUCUUAAUCACAGGGGAAGUCCCUUCUAACAGUGAUUGUGAUAUUCUGGUACGAGAAAUUGCAGAGCGUUCUGAAACCAUCCCAGAACAUACAGUUCGUAUAGUGAAUUCUCUGCCACAGCACAUGCAUCCAAUGAAUCAAUUAAGUAUUGGUGUUCUUUCUUUGCAAACUGAAAGUAAUCCUUCUGCAAAUUCUUGAAGCAGUCUCAUAUUGGCUCAAAUUUAUUUUCUAUAAAAUAGUAUAUUUCCUUUAUUAAUAAAGAAAAUGAAUUAAAUUAAAAGAAAAUAAAAUUUGUAAGAGCUUAUAAUGCUGGAGUUAAAAAAGAGAACUACUGGGAAUAUGUCCUUGAAGACUCACUCGACUUAAUUGCAAGAAUUCCUAGAAUAGCUGCUAUGAUAUAUAGAAAUACUUAUAAAGACAGAAGACUUGGCCCUACCGACCCAAGUUUAGACCUCAGUGCAAAUUUCAGCAAAAUGAUGGGAUUUGAAAACGAGCAUUUUUGGGAGCUUAUGAGACUUUAUUUAAGCCGAUUUCCAAUAAAUAAAAGAAUUUUUAUUUUUUUUUUUAAAAAAUGGAAAAUUAUCAUAAAAUGAUAUAACAAUCCAUUGUGACCAUGAAGGAGGAAAUGUGAGUGCCCAUGCCACACAUUUGGUUGGCUCUGCUUUAAGCGACCCAUAUCUAGCCUACUCAGCUGGUCUUAAUGGUCUUGCAGGCCCUCUCCAUGGCUUAGCUAACCAAGAAUGCUUGAAAUUUUUGCUAAAACUCCAAGAAAAAACAGGCCAAAACCCAACUGAAGAAGUAGUUGAAAAAUUCGUUAAAGAAAUUUUGGCCAGUGGACAGGUCAUUCCUGGAUAUGGACAUGCCGUUUUAAGAGUAACUGACCCUAGAUUUGUAUGCCAGAUGGAGUUCGCCAAGCGUGUCAUGCCUAAAGAUCCUUUAUGUAAACUAGUGGCUACCCUUUAUAAAGUAGUCCCAAGAGUAUUAAAAGAAGCAGGGAAAGCUGCAAAUCCGUAUCCAAAUGUGGAUGCACACUCUGGGGCACUUUUGGUCUAUUUUGGGAUGAGGGAAUUUGAUUUUUAUACAGUGCUUUUUGGGGUUUCCAGAGCUAUAGGAGUUUCUGCAGGACUGGUGUGGUCAAGAGCUCUUGGGCUACCUAUAGAGCGACCUAACAGUUUGACGAUGGCAAAUAUAGAAGAAUAUGUCAGCAAAAGCACUCUAGCUUAG